AAAUUAUCAACAAAAAUCUGUAAGAUUCAAAUUUAAGGUUAUUUUAGUGUUGUCUUGUGAAAAUGUAUUAUUAAUGUAAUAUAAAAGUGUUAUAAAAAUAAUUGUAAAAUGGAAGAUAUAAGAGAACGUGUAAGAAAAACUAUUAGUGUCGAAAGGAAAAAGCAACGUGCUAGAAUUCUUAAUGAAAAUCGUCCUGCUCUUGGAGAAUUUAUAGAAAAUACAUCUUAUUCUGCAGCAUUUGUUACAGAAAUUGCAAUGAAGCUUAAAAAAAACACGCUUCACGUCAACGAUUAUCGUCGUUUGCAAAAUGCUUUAAUUCAGUCAGAAUCGAAUAUUAAAGCAUUAUUACAAGUUGAUAAUAUAAUAUUUGCAUUGGCACGAGAUAUUUCUGGGAACAAUCCAAUCUCGCAAUUGGGCGCUACAAAUUGUUGUUGCAACAUUGCUCUUGGUAAUACAAAAGCUUGCACAGCGAUAGCCAAAUAUAUAUCUCCGUAUUUAAUUACCGAAUGCGAAAGCUUGAACUGUCCUUUAUUGGAAGUCUGUCUUUGGACCAUUGGAAAUUUGUCUAGCGAAAGUAAAAAAGCUUUUGAAAUUUUACAUGCGCAGAAGUGUCUAUGUUAUCUAAUAAAAUUGUUAAAUGAAUGUGAUGAUAAAAUUCUUCCUUCCGUAGUAUAUGCAGCUUUGCACUAUCUAUAUGGGGGAUUUUCUUUUAUCAAGGAAGCUGAGUUGAUGGAACUUGCGGAAGCAUGUAAAAACAGACACUUGUUUGAAGAAAAUUCUGAUACUCUCUGGCUACUGGCAUUAUUAUCUUCCAAUGUAGCAUGUGGCAAUUCAUUAUAUUACGUGUUAUCAUCUAUCGUUAACUUUUUGCAUUGCUCUAUUCCUAAUUAUUUGUCUAAUAAUAGUUCCUUGAUUGCAGCGUGUUUACGUAUAUUAGGAAACUUACUAACCGCUAAUACGCUUGAAGAUAUUGUAAAUACUUUUUUAAUGGAUCUACAGAUUGGUGAUUUGAAUGUGCAAGAAUUACUCAGAAUUUUAUUAUCUCAUCAUCAUAAGCAUAUAAGAAAAGAAACCUUGUGGUUAUUAGGAAACUUAUGCAAUCAUGCAUCUUCGAAUGUGAGUCAAACAUUUCAAGAUAUCAUCCCAUUUUUACCACCAUUAGAAGAAAUUAUUGCAUCCACGAUGGAAUAGUAUAAAAGUAAACUAUUUAUAUCGACAAUGAUUCUUGAUUCCAUCGACUUGAAAUAUCCUCUAUGCAUGGCACUCUUAUAAUAUUAAAAUAUAUGUUGCCUAUAAGAUCGGCUAUUGAAU